AUGAUCGACAAUAAUUGUACUCAACCUCCUCCCGCUCCGUCGACUCCAGAAACUCCCUUGACUCCAGAAACUCCCUUGACUCCAGAAACUCCCUUGACUCCAGAAACUCCCUUGACUCCAGAAACUCCAGAAGCUCCAGAAACUCCCUUGACUCCAGAAACUCCAGAAACUCCAGAAACUCAUUCUCUAGAUUCCACUUCUGAAGACGAGCAUUUUAUGGACCGGGAAUAUGAACACUUGGGGCUGAUCGCAUCAGGUGGAUUUGGUGAAGUUUGUGUGGCCAGAUCUAACUGCGAUCAAAAGUUAUAUGCAGUUAAAAUUAUUCCACGAUACGAUCAACGAGGAAAUGAUCCUCAUUAUCAAAUAUUAUGA